GGUCUCUUUGCUUUUGCCCCCAUUCUAGACGCCGCCGUGUAGGCCUCCUUCCCUUCUUACAUUUCUCCGUUGACUGAUCUCUCUCUCUCUCUCCAUUUCUUGACACUUCCACGACCUCUCUUGCAACUUCCCUUUAGCUUCUAUUACAUAUAGAAACCUAUCACAUUUUGAUCAGUCCAAUUUUCAAAUUGUAUCCUCAUUUUCUCUUGCCCUCUCCCCUCUUUACAUUUUUUCUCAGUUUCACCCAAUCCCUCGAAAUCUCAAUUCUGCUCAGCUAUUUGAUGAAACCCUUUUGAGUUCUUGGAUUGCUUGGCAAAAAGAUCGAAUCUUUGAAGAAACCCUUUCGAAAUCUCGGGUCACUUCACAAAAAAGACUCAAUCCUUCCUCCAUCCUCGAAAAUGGCCGACGCGGCGGAGCUAAGCGGCGGCAAGAUCGAAGACGCGGGAGUGAUAGAGCUGACAGGGAAGAUAAUGGUAGUGGCGAUAGUCCUCCUCUUCUUCGUGGUGGUGUUCGUCUUCUGCCUCCACCUCUACGCCAGGAGGUACUGGUACCGCCGCCAAGAAAGCACCACAGCCACCGCCACGAGGCGGCGCCACCUCGAAUUCGCGGCCGGCCACCACGAGGCCGCGGCGGCCUCCGCCCUCCGCCGCGGAUUGGACCCUUCGCUGCUCAAAACCAUACCCUUCACAGUGUUCGAUCCGAAAGAGUUCAAAGAGGGUUUGGAAUGCGCUGUGUGUCUGUGUGAAGUCUCUGAGGGUGAAAAGGCAAGACUUUUGCCCAAAUGCAACCAUGGAUUCCAUGUUGAUUGCAUUGACAUGUGGUUUCAAUCUCAUUCCACUUGCCCUCUCUGCAGAAACCCCGUGGCGAAUUCCUCGGAUUCCGCCUCGGAUGGUGAGGGUGUGAUUCAAGAUCCAGUGGUGGAGAAUUCAGUUGCAAUUGUGAUACCUAAUUUCCCAACCAAUGUGUUGAUUUGGGGGAAUGAGACUCAAGUUAGCGCCUUUGUCCCUUGUGUGGAAGAGGGCCAUCAAGGCAAUGGAGAGACCUCGAGCUCAUCCUCUUCCUCUUCCUCUUCCUCAGCCCCCUCGCACGAAGGGGCUGAGGAGGACGAGCAGAAAUCCACGGUCCCGACGAGGCUGAGGUCGUUGAAGAGGCUGCUUAGUGGCAAUAGAAGGGUAAAUCCCUCAACCCCAAGAAAUCUUGAUCUUGAACAAGGAGUAAGAGGGUUGAGUUGAUUGAUUUUGAUUUGGUUUUAUAUUCACAUUAGGCAUAUAGGCUUUUUCACUAUGAUUAUGGUUCAAAAAGUUUGAGCUAUGAUUUGCUUGGAGAUGAUUGAGAGGUUGUGAGAUGGAUUAUUUGUUAGAUGUUCUUUGAUUCUUGAUGGAGAUGAGUUAGUAGUUUUCUUGCAGCAUAUAUGAACUGGGAUAUGCUUAAUUUGUUGUAUAAAGAUAUAGGUUAGAUUCUCUAUAUAGAAAUCUUGCAUAUAGUUUGUCAAUGUAAUGGAGUAGUACCUAUUUAUGUAUUCAAGAGGUUAUUAUAUAUAUCAAUAUUGUUAAAGUUUAAUUGUU